UUAGAUCGAAAGAUAAAGCUGUGAUAUCUUGGUGGUGGGUUCUACAACUAUAAUCUUGGCCAUAAACAAUAUUUCCCUUCAAAAUCUUCCUUUAAUAUAUGUGGUUGUUACUUUCUUCUUUGGUGAGUUUCAUUUUCCUUUUUCCCUCUUAUAUUAAUAUUAUUCUUUUCAUUCUCUUGGGAUCUUCAUACUUUGAGAAGCUUCGAGUGUUGUUAAACUUAAAGGUAGUUGCUUUGUUCUUGAAGAAACAGAGCAUCUUGAAACUUUAUUUCUUAUCUAGGUCAAUCUCGAAAGUUUGAGAGUCUUCUAAGCGUUUGCAAAAGUUUGAGUUCUUUGAUUUAUCUUAGCGUUUGCGUUUCAAUUUUUAGCAGAUAUAUUGUUUGAUGUUGUUUGUUAUUGCUUCUGUCUAUGUGUUUCAUGAUGAGAAUCUUCCAUUCUAGGGCAUAAAAGAUUCUCUUUUUAAGUUUGAAGUAUUCCUCGUUUCAUGUCCUUAGGACAAGGCUUUCUGUUCCUCAAAACCAGGUCUCUCCUGCCUCUACACACAAGUCUUUUCCGUUUAGAUUCCGGAGUGAGAAUAAAAUCUAGGUUUUAAACACUCAUUGAUCCUCUUCCUAUCGGUCAUGGAGGAACCUUGUGAGACACGUAACAACGGUGAAGCCUUUCAAAGACCUAAAUAUCGUAACUAUAACCACAUCAGCUCCAGAGUUUCCUCGCCCUGGUUGGAUCUGAGAGUGUUCUACGUCAGGAUCAGCAAUUUCACGGUGGAAGAUUCAACCCCUGAAGUCCUCACCAUCAAUCACAUUCCUCUGGAUCCAGAUACGCUUUUGGAGAUAAACGGAGUUAGGAUGAGCAUGUACUCAGAAGGGUGUACUUCACAGCUUAGGAGGGAUCGAGUUGAUAAGACAUCUGAAGAAGCUACUUAUGUAAGCACAGACAAUAUCAGGUUAAAUGGUAGCGUGAAGUUUGAGGUUUAUGACAAAAACGAGCUAGUCUUGUCUGGAACCCUUGAAAUGUCUGAUGGCACGGGGGAAUCGAAUAGUCAGUGGAACAUGACUUGUGAAGCUGAGAUCACUACAGUGCCUGGUUUCCUAAAGGAGAAGAGAAAAAACGGUCAAGAGUUAUUGCCAACAUUGCCAACUAUAGAGGUCUAUGUAACUGGUUGCUUCUCAGGAACACCCAUCAUCUUAACCAAGACUCUACAGCUUGGUUCGAGAAAGAAACAGAAUAGAAGAAUGGCGUUGGAUUCAAUACCGGAGUAUGAAACGGCAGAGCCUCAGAAAAUCAUCUCAUCUGAGCUCAAUUUUCAGGCAACAGAAUACGCAAAUUACAAAGAGGAAUACGAAGGAGACAUGUACUGGAAAAGUGAUCAGUGCUUGGAUGGAGAGAUGUCAUGGUUCAAUGCAGGUGUAAGGGUUGGUGUUGGGAUUGGACUUGGCGUCUGUGUUGGUCUUGGCAUUGGUGCCGGUCUUCUCGUUCGUACUUAUCAAUCAACUACAAGAAACUUCAGGAGGAGGCUUCUCUAGUUUAAAUAAUAUACUGUAUAUGCAUUUGCAGAAGUUCACCUUGAAAUUUUGAAAGAAUACUUAUAUAUUUUAAUUGUUUGUAUUUUGGUUGCAAUUGUGAAUCAAACACUUUGGUGUGAGAUUGUUGAUAUCUGUUUUUGUGUAGAUAAGAGAUUGAGAGUGUAGCUUUUGUA